UGUUCCAAGUACUCUGCUCUCUCUCUCUCUCUCUCUCUGUUACUUGUAUUAAAAACUCUCAACACUCCAUCAAAGAGCAUUAGUUUUCCAAAUUUAUGAUGGAAAGAACCUUCGUGUUGAUAUUCGUCUUCUGGGCCGUCCUCACAAUCGUCACGCCCACACUUAUUCUCCUGUCAGAGAAUUCUAAACUCGAUUUGGCUACAAAUGGUGAGAAACGUGAAGGAAUGAAGGCUAGGAGCAUGAUGGGAUACACAGAAAAACAUCCAGCUGGAACAACACCAAUAGCUCUACCACUAACGGAGGCACCGGCACCGGCACCGGCACCAGCACCGACACUAAAUCCAGCUUUGAAGGCUAGAAAAGCUAUCUUGACACGAUUUUUUCUAAGGAGCACCGACAGUACUGGUGAUGAUCAUGAGAGUAAAGUGAGCCUAAGAACACGCCCAUACCUGAUAUAAGCUAGUAAGCUACCUUUGGAGUUUGGAGACACAGCUUUCUGGGUUGUAAAUAUGUAGCCGUCAGUAUAGAGAAAAAGAAGAAGAAGCGUUCCAUUGCUUUCCGAGAGAAGGUUUUUUGUCAUUUUCAAAAACAGAGAAAAAAAUAAAAAUAAAAAGUUCCUUUCUUUUUGUAAGAGAAAAUGUUGUGGGGGUUGUUUGUAUAUGUACAUUGGUCGCUCGAACGAACAGAGAAAUAUUGGAAAAUGGAAGAUUCUGUUGUAUUUAUACACAGCUUGUUUCUUAAAGACAACAAAGAAUUUGAAGUCCGGUUUUGUCCCCUUGCAAGUGGUUCGAUUUGCUGAGAGAAGGCUGGGUUCCUAUGUUUGAGAUCCCCUGGAAUUUGUUCAAUCUCAACCGUUUGUUUGUAACAAACGGCUA